AUGCACUCAAAGGAAAUGGAUUUCAUACAGUUAAUUCUAAUCUUCCUUUUUUGCUGGACCGGAGCCGACGCUGUUGUUAAUUUGAGAUACUCGGUUGAGGAAGAACUACGAGCGGGGACGAAAAUCGCCAACAUUACCGCGGACGCAAAAGGUGAGGGCUUCACAGUGGGAAACAGGCAACCGUAUUUGCGAGUCAUCUCAAAUCCAGAACCGCAAUGGGUUAUCCUCAGCCCGGCUGGACUACUCAUCACCAAGCAGAAAAUUGAUCGGGACGUUGCCUGCCGACAGAGCCCGAAGUGUUUUAUCUCUUUGGAAGUGAUGUCCAACUUGAUGGAGCUCUGCGUGAUUACAAUUGAAAUUAUUGAUGUGAACGACAAUGCACCGCGAUUUCUAACAGACCACAUAGACUUAGAGAUCUCUGAAAAUGCCGCUCCUGGUACCAGGUUUCCCCUAGAGGGGGCAAGCGAUCCGGAUUCAGGGACCAACGGCGUUCAGACAUAUGAGAUUACCCCCAACGAUGUUUUCGGGCUUGAAAUUAAAACUAGGGGAGACGGCUCUAAAAUUGCUGAGCUCGUCGUGGAAAAGACACUUGAUAGAGAGACUCAGUCUCAUUACACAUUUGAAAUCACAGCAAAGGACGGCGGAGACCCCCCGAAAUCUGGCACUGUACAACUUAAUAUACGAGUAAUCGAUUCAAAUGAUAACAACCCAGUUUUCGAUGAACCUGUAUAUACAGUGAACGUGUUGGAAAACUCUCCAAUCAACACAUUAGUCAUAGAUUUAAAUGCUACAGAUCCGGAUGAGGGGACGAACGGUGAGAUUGUGUACUCGUUCAAUAAUUAUGUCGCAGAACAAACGAGGAACUUGUUCAAAAUUGACCCGAAAACAGGUGUCAUAACAGUCAAUGGUGUUUUGGACCACGAAACAAAGGACACUUAUGAAAUUGAUAUUCAAGCCAAAGAUCUAGGUCCAAAUUCGAUUCCUGCUCACUGCAAAGUAACUGUAAAUGUAAUUGACGUAAAUGACAACGUACCAGUGAUAAAUCUUUUGUCUGAAAACAGUGAAAUGGUGGAAGUGAGCGAGAACGCACCGCUUGAAUAUGCCAUCGGAUUAGUAAGGGUCGUAGACAAGGAUUCUGGAGCUAACGGAAAAGUGCAAUGUAGAUUAUUAGGAAAUGUACCUUUCAAACUGCGAGAGUACGAGAGCUUCUCGAUGAUACUUGUUGAUGGUCGUCUUGACAGAGAGCAAAGAGACAUGUACAAUUUGACAAUUCAGGCUGAGGACAGCGGGUUCCCACCACUGAAAAGCACCAAGUCUUUCGCAGUGAAAAUAAUGGACGAGAAUGACAACCCUCCCUACUUCACCAAACCGCAUUAUCAAGCGAUGGUCCUCGAGAAUAACGUCCCUGGUGCUUUUCUGCUAGCAGUGUCAGCAAAGGACCCUGACUUGGGAAUGAAUGGCACAGUCUCUUAUGAAAUAAUCAAGUCAGAAGUGAGAGGCAUGUCGGUGGAAUCCUACGUUACAAUAAACUCAAAUGGUGAAAUUUAUGGCGUUAGAGCUUUUAAUCACGAAGACACUAGAACGUUUGAAUUUAAAGUAGCUGCAAAGGACGGCGGAAAUCCAUCUUUAUCCAGUAAUGCAACAGUGAGAAUUGUUGUCCUAGAUGUCAAUGACAACACACCUGUAAUGACAACCCCACCUUUGGUUAACGGCACCGCAGAGGUGUCCAUUCCUAAAAAUGCAGGUGUAGGUUAUCUGGUGACCACCAUUAAGGCAGAUGACUAUGAUGAGGGUGAAAAUGGAAGAUUAACUUAUUCCAUCUCUGAAGGAGAUAUGGCAUAUUUUGAGAUAGACCAGCUGAAUGGAGAGGUUCGGACCACAAAGACAUUUGGAGAAAACUCCAAACCGACCUACCAAAUCACUGUUGUGGCCCAUGAUCACGGACAGACGUCUUUGUCUGCUUCUGCAUAUAUUGUCAUCUACCUCUCACCGGACAUGAACACCCAGCCGUCUAUUGGGCCCGUCAACCUCUCCCUGAUCUUCAUCAUUGCCUUGGGCUCUAUUGCUGCUAUCCUGUUUGUCACUAUGAUCUUUGUGGCAGUCAAAUGCAAAAGAGACAAUAAGGAAAUCCGGACAUAUAACUGCAGUUUCUUUUACCUGCGCAGGGUGGCGGAGUAUUCCUACGGCAACCAGAAGAAGUCCAGCAAGAAGAAGAAGCUGAGCAAGAACGACAUCCGUCUGGUCCCGCGCGACGUGGAGGAGACGGACAAGAUGAACGUGGUGAGUUGCUCGUCUCUCACCUCUUCGCUCAACUACUUCGACUACCACCAGCAGACCCUGCCUCUAGGCUGCCGUCGAUCCGACAGCACCUUCCUCAACGUGGAGAACCAGAACUCACGCAAUGCUGCGCCAAACCACAGCUACCACCACACCUUUACUGGGCAGGGUCCCCAGCAGCCCGACCUCAUCAUCAACGGCAUGCCACUGCCAGAGACGGAGAAUUAUUCCAUUGACUCCAGUUAUGUAAACAGUCGAGCACAUCUUAUUAAAAGCACAUCCACGUUCAAGGACAUGGAAGGAAACAGUCUUAAAGACAGCGGGCAUGAAGAGAGCGACCAAACGGACAGUGAACACGACGUCCAGAGAGGCCACUACGCGGACACGGCUGUCAAUGACGUGUUGAACAUGACCGUGCCGCCCAAUAACUGCCAGCUACCAGAGCAAGACACCACAGAGGGCUUCCACUGCCAGGAUGAGUGUCGUAUCUUGGGUCACUCAGACCGUUGCUGGAUGCCAAGGGUGCCAAUGCCAGCACGUGCCAAGUCUCCUGAGCAUGGUCGCAACGUCAUUGCCCUCUCCAUCGAGGCCACGACCGUGGAUGUACCCCAUUACGAAGAUUCUGGCACCAAAAGGACUUUUGCCACCUUUGGUAAGGACGGUCCCGAAGAGGAGAGGGCAGAGAUGAAGGCCAAGCGGACGGCUGAGCCAGCUGUGUGCAGUCCAAAGUCCAACAGCGGGGUUAGGGAAGCGGGGAACGGGAGAGAGGCUGUCAGCCCCAUUACAUCUCCGGUACACUUAAAGAGCCCCCUCUCCAAGCCGCCCUCUGCUUACAACACGCUGAAGUGCCGGGACGCAGAACGGAUCGCUAACCACACCCUGCUGAGACAACCAGAGGGCAAAGACAGUGAACCACCCAUGAGAGAGAUCAACACACUCCUUCAGGACGGUCGAGAGAAGGAGUCCCCAGGAAGCAAACGCCUGAAGGACAUUGUGCUUUAA